AUGGCCACGAGGACUGAUGAUGGGAUGACGCUCGUCUGGUGGUCCCCCGUCGCGGCCCGAUGGAAGCAGCAGGGCGACCUGACGGAGACGAGAGAGCGCCACGACGGCGGCAAGGCCGCCCGGCGGAGGGGCCAAGCGGCUACGUCGCGGCGCUGCGGUCUCUUGGCGGCCGCGGCGGCCCUGGCGCGGCAGGCCUUCCGCCUCGGGGAGCUGCUGGCGGGGCUGGCGCGGGAGCCCCUCGAGGCCUGGCGAACGAAGGACAUCGCGCUGGCGUGCCACGCUCUCGCCCGGCUGGACGGCGCAGAGCCUGGCGCCGCCGCCACAGAGGCGCACCCGCUCGGCGGCGCCCGCGCCUCCGACCUCGAGGCGUUCCUCUCGGCCGUGGCCGCCUGCCUGCCCGGCCGCCUCGGCGGCUGCAAGCCGCAGGACGUCAGCAACGUCCUGUGGGCCACCGGGCGCCUGCGCUUCCGCCACGACGGGCUGCUGCAGGCCGUGUCCGAGCACCUGAGCGGGGCUCCUGGGGCGCUGCGGCAGUUCUCGCCGCAGGCGGUCAGCAACGCGCUCCUGGGCUUCGGGCAGCUGCGCUUCCGCCACGAAGGCGUGCUCUGCGCUCUCGCCGAACACGCCCUCCCGAGGCUGCCCGAGUUCAGCGAGCAGCAGGUGUGCAACCUGCUGCACGCCCUCGCCCGGCUGGAGUUUCGCCACGACGCGUUGUUGGGGGCUGUGGCCGGCUCACUCGACGCGCGGCAUGGGCGCGCCAGCUUCGGCGUCCUGACGCCACGGCGGGCCUGCAACCUCGCGUGGGUCUACCUCCGGCUCAGGGCGCCCCAGCGCGGAGAGGUCCUCCGCGCCGUGGCCGCGCACGUGCGGCGGCCCGGACGCGUCGCGACGUUCCGGGCGCGCGACUUGGCGGCGCUGGCCAGCGCGUGCGCGGAGGGCGCGAAGGGUGCGCUGGACAGCCCGCGGGCAUGGCGCUGCUUCCGGAGGAUACGCCCGUGA